UUCGGUUGAAUCGUGACUGGACUGGGUGGGGAGUACGUGAUGAACACCUGGGAGUGGGGCAACAUGGUGGUGAAGGCGGAGUGGGGCGUCUCUCUCCUGCAGUGGUACCAGAAAACUUUCAGCUUCUCUUUCGACCAGGCGGCGGCGCUCCCCUCCACGCAGCUGGUCCUGGAUUUCCGUGACUGGUGGAGCUACAAGGUGUGGCUGAAGUGGCCGGUCCUCGCGUCCUCCCUCGCCGCUUCCCUCACGCUUGGUCGCGACAGUCACACACUGCUGGUGAAGAAAGUGGACGAGUUUCUGGGUGAGGACGCCGGAAAGGUGGUGGCGCGGGUGGUAGCGCGACACACCCCUGCUGGCUUGGUGGUGACCUUCCACGCCGACACCGCCAGCAUGCAGGAGCUCCACGAUACCGUCACUGCCGUCCUUGCUCAGAUGCCUCGUGCUGGCGUCCUGCUGAGUGGUGAAUGUGUGCUGACGGGGGUAGCGUGGUGGUGUAGUGUUGGGAUGUAG